AUGCCCGACGUUAAGCGAACCGUUCGCCUCAUCACCGAGCAGAAUGUUAUAGAUAAACCAUCCGAAGUCGAGGGCUUCCCGCAGCGAUCUUGGCAUAUCGAAGUCUGGCUGGUGAACGAGAAGGGCGCGCUGGUUCCGGCAAAUAUCUUCGACAGGGUCACUUUCCACCUGCACCCCAGUUUUGGUGACCGAGCCACUCAAGUGUUCAAACAGCCCCCCUUCCGCAUUCAAGAAGAAGGUUGGGGUGAGUUCGAUAUGUCCAUCGAGCUUACGGCCGACAAAUCCUACACCAUCCAGCAUGACUUGAACUUUGCCCAGAACCGCUAUGAAAGCAAGCAUGUCUUGACUUUCAAGAACCCCAAGCCGGCUCUCUUAGCUGCGCUGCGUGAGUCUGGUCCGGUGCCGGGUGAUGAGAAUGGCUUGAAGGCCAAGCGCCCCGCCGGUGGUGAGGAAAGCGCCAAGAAGAAGAAGCGUACCGACAAGAAUGUCGACAUGGAUAGACUCGCCGAUGGGCUCCAGAAGCUUAACGAAGACGACCUCUUGCAGGUUGUCCAGAUGGUUCACGACAACAAAGCAGCGGACUCAUACACCAAGAAUGAUGUUGAGCUUGGGGAAUUCCAUGUGGAUCUGUACACCCUACCCGACGCAUUGAUCAAAAUGCUCUGGGAUUUCACGGCGGAGCGCGGUGCCCUUUAG